GAUUUAUGUAUGAAGGUAAUUGUCAAAGACAGAACACUAAUAUGUAAUCAUGUUCAAAGACAUUUCAUGUUGUAGAGCCAGUGGCCAGACACUCAAAAAUGGUCUUUAAUCAGGGUUGUAAGAACCCCUCAUUGUCAGUCACCAUAGAUGCCUCACAAAAUCAAAGAACCCAUCAAGGACGUUUCGAUAGAACAACAAAGAAAUCUUGACAUGUUCUCAGUAUUACUUAGUAAUUUUCUUCCCAACGGAGGCAAGAAUAUUGCUUAUGACAGACUGCUUUGUCCCUCACAGUUCAACACCGUGGUGGAAAAGGUGAAGCCCGUCUCCAUGGAAACGGAAACAGGGGGAGCUGUGACGUGGGAGGUAAUUUUGCGCGACACAUGUGGAGACCAGAACACGCAGACAUUCGAUUCUGUGUUUGUGUGCCGUGGGCAUUAUUCCGACCCCCACCUGCCCUACAUUCCAGGAAUAGAGGAUUUUAAAGGUACAUUGUUUCACAGUCAGUGGUACCGGCGUCCAGAGCCCUUCGCUAACAAGUCGAUUGUGGUCUUGGUAGGCGGAGCUUCUGGAGUGGACAUUUCCAUAGAAUAAGGCCAUGUCCACUCUCAGGUUUGUGAAGAUGGGUCUUUACACUUCCAGGAUGGAUCAGUGACCAAGGCUGAUGUUCUUCUGCUCUGUACCGUUUUUAACUUCCCCUUCCUCUGUCUGUCAGAACUGGGCCUGGAGAUACGGGAUCAUAUUGUGAUCCCCCUGCCUUCCCUUCAAUCUUUUAUUGUUUCCCCUUUUGUACACUUCCACUGUCAGGCUAAACUCGCUCUCGUCAUCCUUGAAGGUUCUGUGAAGCUUCCCAUUCAGGUGGAGAUGUAGAAGGAAGCACAGGGAGAGCUGCAAAGAAAACUGGAGAAAGGUGUACAGGUGAAGCACUUGCUCAAUAUGGACUAUGUGGAGUGGGAUUAUCACCUGAAGCUGGCCAGGAUGGGCCGAUUCACACCCUGUAUGAUUCAGAGCCUGUAUGAAGAGGUGGGCAGACAGAGAAAACAGCCACUAACGUACAAACAGAUUAACUACAGGCUCAUCGAUGCCACACAGUGGGAGAUUUUGGAAUUUCCACCAAAACAGGCCGAUAAAGUUUAAGUACAAAUAUAUGAGAUUUGCAUAGUUUAGUUUGUAAGGUAAUAUCUUUUAAGGUGACCUCAUACAAGGAUGCUCACGUUUUAACAUUAUAAUAUCACAUAUUUAAGUAUUCAGACAGCAAUGUUAU